AUGUCUUCCAAUCCAGAAGACCUCGAUCUACCCCCCGGGACUGAGAUCCUCUACGACAACGACAAUGCCUACGCCAAUCGCCUCCAGCAUCGCUCCAAAGGCGAUUCUCGCAUUCUCCUCGUCCCUCAGCCUUCUUCCGAUCCCAACGAUCCUCUUCGCUGGUCGCGCACAAAGAAAGGCUUCAUUUUCGCCAAUGCUUGCUGGUAUGCCUUUAUGGGAUCCAUCACCGGUCCCAUCAUGGCUGGUGGCAUGAAUCAACUGUCGCAAUUCUUCGGCAAGAGCCUGCAGCAGUUGACCUACGCCAAUGGAGCAACUCUGGUCUGUCAAGGCGUGUUUAAUAUCGUCUGGAUGCCCUUUGCCAUCAAGUAUGGCCGACGACCGGUCUAUCUCUUCUCGACAUUCCUCAUGCUCAUCGCCUGUGUCUGGCUGGGAAUAGCAUCAACCCGAAACUACACCGUCUUCAUCGUCGGUCGUGCCUUUCUUGGCGCCUUUGAAGCCCCCAUCGAGUCGAUCGUGCCGAGUACCAUCACCGAUACCUUCUUCCUACACCAUCGAGGCGAGCUGGUCUCUCUCUACGGACUGGCGAUUUUGGGAGGAAAUGAACUGGGACCGAUGAUAUCUGCCUUUAUCAUCCAGGCUCUCGGCAUGAACUGGGCAUUCUUCAUUGUUGCCAUGUUUGUCGGUGCCACUUUAGUCUCUAUCUUCUUCUUCAUGCCCGAAACCAAAUUCCUCGGACCACGGCCUCACAUCAUCACGCAGCCGGCAUCGGACAAGGACAACGCUGUCUCCGUCACCACGGUGGGUGAAGAAAUUGCGCCGAUCCUUCGCAAGUCAUACGUGAAAGAACUCAAAUUCUGGUCCCAAGGCGAUCCCAGCAUCAACCUGCUCCACGCAGCCCUGCGACCGCUGGUUCUGCUCGCCUAUCCCACCGUUGUCUGGUCGUGCUUUGUGUACGGAAUGGCGCUGAGCUGGAACGUGAUACUCGGUGCAACCGUGGCGCAGAUGUUCUCCCCUCCUCCGUACGGCUUUAACUCGAACGGACAGGGACUCUUCUUCCUAUCCCCGUUUGCCGGGUCGCUGGUCGGGGUGUAUUUCUCUGGUCCGGUGGGUGAUUGGAUUGCGAAUGUGUUCACCCGGCGGAACCAUGGGAUAAGAGAACCGGAAAUGCGCCUGCCUACUUGCUUAUUGGCUGCCUUUUUUACUUUCUUCGGUGCACUGUGGUUUGGGUUAUCGUAUGAAGCCAAAACUUCAUGGCCUGUUCCGGUUGUCGGCGCGGGUGUGUUGUCUGUGGGAAGUCAGAUGGGGACGACAUUGGGCAUGAAUUAUGCGUUGGACUGUCAUAAAGAGGUGAGUCCCUCGUAA